ACAACAUCUUCAUUCUAAACACAGGACGCACGAUGAAAUUGCUGCAUCGCUUCUCACCUACCCCACCGGGUACCGGCACCUGGAACGACCCGACUUCGACUUUGCCCGUGUGACCGUGGCUCUUGCAUGAAGGACGCGCCAUGGCCUCGGAUACAGACGAGGCUGGUCUUGAAGCAGAGAUCCUGGAACUGCAGAAUACGUUGAGGCGCGUGCGCGCAAGGACCGCACCUUUACUAAAGCCACGCAGUGAACCUGCACCGGAAGAGCAGCCGCUAACUGAAGCACAACGGCACAACGGCGUAGACGCGACAUUACUGUCCACCUUCAACCGAAGAUCGCCCCUGCAAAGCACCGCGGUUAACGAUCUCUCCUUCUCCGAAGAUCGAGAACCCGACUGAUGCGGCGAUUAUUUCCACGGAAAGGUCGUACUCGAAAGCCAACCGGCCUCCCAAAGGUAAAACAUCACGUAAUCAUCACAACGGCGAUAGCGGAUCCAGCGCGAGCAAAGGAUAUACUCGAACCCUAGAACCAAUACGAACUCGGGCGUCGUCCUAUCCGAACUGCAACCAUUGGAUGUGCUCCUUGCGGUCGCGCUUUGGGCGACCGUAGUCACUCUAUACUUCGGACACGAGCAAGAUAGAUGAGGCGAAGAGAGAUCCACCAAACCAUAUCCUCAAGAAAUGGGCCGCCCGUUCCGAAUCUGCGAGACGAACACAGGUCAUGGGGCAACUUCUGCACUUUCGCGAAAAGCCAGACCAAAAUAACCGAUCGACCAAGGGUUGCAGAUCAACAGUUUCGAGCCGCUAGACAGGACGGUGAUGAAGCUUUGCGCGACUUUACAACCCACCGAUCAUUGUUGGAGGAAAACAUGCUGGGAUCUCUCGCGGACGAAGGCCGGGCCGAUAAACUAUGGGAUGGCAUGCUGAGGGAACUGCGAGAGAAGGCCGGGUCGAUAAACUACGGGAUGGCAUGCUGAGGGAACUACGAGACAAGGCCACCCGUAAACCUUUCAUUCGCGAGGGUGUUUACCGCAGACAAAUCGGGAUACUGGCCGAUAUCGAAUCUCGGAUGUCACAUCGGAUGUACGUAUUCCGCGCGAGGACCAAGAUCAAUACCUCUUGAAUGCACCAGAGAGAGCAAAAGAACGGGGGAAAUCAGAGACAAAGGAAGAGAGAGAGAGAGAGACUGAGAGAGAGAGAGAGAGAGAGACUGAGAGAGACUGAGAGAGA